UGAACGCUGAUACCUGUGAUAUCAGGAACUGGUCUAGUUGAGGGCCACGCGUGGAAAAAAAGCAAACAAACAGUCCUUGCAUUCGACAUGGCCAGAUUUCUGUUGCUAGUGGGCGCGAUUACUUCAAUCUUUUGUCAAGGUGUAAUAGCCAAAUUACGUUGUUGCGGUGAAUUUUCCGCGCAGCAAGAAGAACAACUGAGGAAUCUACUGAAACAAGAGGCAGGGUCGUUGAGACAGGGCAUGCAAAUGAUGUGUCCUAGAAGUCCAGGCAAAUGGCGAAAAUUAAAUGUGACCAACGCCUGCUUCAGUGCAAAUCAAAGUAAACCUGGAAUCUUCAUUAUCCCACAGGAGGGAUUUGUCGUCGCUCUCAAAGUUGCCCAUAUCAGUGGCAAAGUCACGUGUGAGAAAGACGACUUUCAUUCUAAACACGCACAUGGUUCGUUUUACAGCAAGUGGGGUUGCUCAAUAAAUCAUCCUUCCAUCGGAACCACACCCUUGGGGACCUUCAUCACCACGUCGUCCAAAGAAAUCUUAUUCCCACGUGAAAAGUUUAUCCGGGACAAGGCGAUGUCUGCCUGGUACGCACUUCCGGGAUUCGGGCCAGAUUCCCCAUUCCUCGUUUUCCAAGACUUCUCCAAUCCAGAAUAUUUCCAACACGGCCAAGAGCUUCAACUGUGGUACGGCGAAGUGCUGAAAGGGGUCAGUGUAAAUGACAAUGAUGGCAAAACAUGCGCUGAAGUUUAUGCCUGGUAUCUCUAAAGAACUGGAGUUAAUCUUUAAUGAACUUUAUUGCAAUGCCUUUUAAAACUUUGCAGGGAUUAAGUUGAGGUACUUAGACCUUGAGAUACUGACCCUAAACUCUCUGAGAUCAUCAUUUCCAAUCUUUUUCAUCCGUCACCAUCAUUGUCAGUUCUUUUCAGAUUUAUUCUUCCCAUUCAAUGCGGUAUUUUCUCUCUUAUCAUGCUAGUAUUUUGUGGUUCUUUAUGUGACGAGGAAAAUUUUGCAGGACGAAUGAAAUGACUUACAUUUUCAACUUCUGUGGCAACUUGAAUCGUGUAAAGUAGUGAACCAGCCUGAGAAAUUUUUGAUCGACAUUUCUUUAUUUUAUCAGAGGAAGGAUCAGUCGAAGGUCGGCGCCAUAAUGCAGCAUAGUUACGCUUGUCUCUUCACUACGCAAACUGCUUUGACAAAAAAACUGGUCUCGCGAUAUGCAGCCAAAAAAAACGUGCAAUUUUUGCAGCCUUUUAAGUCAUUUUAUAGCUGCAAUUCGAGAAGAUCGGAUUAUGUAAUGAUCAUAUCUCAUGAUAGACAUGGAAAAAGUUGCCGCGAAAAUUGUAAAUGAUCUGCCAAUGUUAUUCUUACGAAAGCCGUUUAAAGUUAAUUUCAGAAGCGUUUUAAUACUGGGAUCAGUCUACUUUAAGAAGCAACAGAGUUAAAUUGCAGUUUCAGAUUAGAGGAUUGAAUUUAUAUGAUUAUAGGAUUGGUGCUAGUAAGAGCUAUUAAUUGUUUCAGAAGCACCUUUUGAAAACAAAUAAAGCCGCAUUAU